GUCUGGCUGGGAUAGCAGAAAUUGCUGGUUGUUGUAUUUGCGUCGGAACUAUCAAAGCUCAAUCGCUUUGGCUGAAGGAUGUGGGAUUAAAAGAGAAUAAAAGGUCAAAAUACCUCCCUGGAUUUAAUUUGUUCCACGAUACUGUCUCUGCUUCGAAAUGUCGGGGAAAAUAGAGAGUAAACCAGACUCCCAACGCUCCCAUUUGUCUUCCUUCACCAUGAAGCUUAUGGACAAGUUCCACUCUCCCAAAAUCAAAAGGACACCCUCAAAGAAAGUCAGUAAGCCGCCUUUAGAACAUGGUGUCAAGACUGCGGAGAAACCUGCUAACAAGAGUCUGAGUCGGUUAGAGGAGCAAGAGAAAGACGUGGUCAGUGCCUUGCGUUACUUCAAGACCAUCAUUGACAAGAUGGCGGUGGACAAGAAGGUGCUGGAGAUGUUACCAGGCUCUGCCAGUAAGGUCCUGGAGGCCAUCCUGCCUUUAGUCCAAGUGGACGCAAGGAUCCAGCACAGCUCGGGGGUGUCCUCCUGUCUGAACCGUGUGUACCAGAGUCUGGGCAAUCUCAUCCGUUGGUCUGACCAAGUCAUGCUGGAGGGGGUCAACCUGGAAGAUAAAGAAACCAUCGUUACCGUCACCACUGUGAUCAAGGCAGUGCUUGAUGGUGUUAAGGAGCUAGUGAAACUGACCAUAGAGAAACAGGAGCAUCCUUCCCCCACGUCUCCUGUCAAACCAGUGCCAGUGGCGACCCCACCCGAGAGUGCUGCUGAGCUGCCUGCCAAUGAGAAGGAGAGUCUGGACAAGAGCUCAGCCAUGUCCCAAUCUAUGGAAGUCCUGACUGAACCCACUGGAGAGGAGGAGGGGGGGGUGGUGGCCCCGCCAAAACCCCCUCUCCCUGGCCUCAAGAUGGCUGAACACAAUCCUCCUGCUCUCCCUCCAAAGAAGCGCCAGUCUGCCCCCUCCCCCACCCGGGUGGCAGUAGUGGCCCCCAUGAGCCGCGCCACCAGUGGCUCCAGUCUUCCCAUGGGCAUCGGCCUCCACAAACAGGAGUACGAGGUGGAUGCUCUGCAUCGGCGCUUCUCUGGGGGCAGCCAUUACUACGGAGGGGAGUCGCCGCGCAUAUCCCCCUGCAAUAGCAUGGGCAAGCUGAGCAAGUCCGACGAGCAGCUGUCCUGGACAAUGGACAGUGGGCAGUGCUCACGCAACACCAGCAGUGAGGCUCUGGACACCACAGACCACUACGACCCGGACUACGACUUCCUGCACCAGGACCUGUCCAGCCUGGAGCAGAUGACUCCUGUGCCAGUGGGAGCGUGCCUCAGCCCCCUGCCUGAGUCCCACAGCGAGUCUUCCUCCCCCUGCCCUGGACCCGGUCCGCCGCUGGCACAGCCACACUUCAGCCCCCUCCAGGGCUGCUCCGUGUCCCCCCUCUACUCCCGCAUGACUUACGCCCUGCCGCCCCCUGCCCUGCCGGAAAAGAAGCGCCGAGGUGGCGCCUGCUCGGGCUUUUCCGACGGCUCCUACUCGGGCUCCUCCUGGUGCGUUUCUUUUGAGCGCCACCCAUCCCAGUACGACAACCUCAUGGAGGAGGACCUACCGCCUGUGCCCCCCUUCCCCCUGUUCACGCCCGACAUCUCGCCCCUGUGCCACGUCGCCGGGGGGUUUGUGUCCGAGUUCAGCAGCAGCGAGACGACAGACGUACCUCAGAGUCCACCGCCACUCCCUGAGAAGAAGAGCCGUCACAUACUGAAGUACAUGCAGUUUGUGGAAGACUACUCGGAGCCCCAGCCCUCGGUUUUCUACCAGAUGCCACAGAGCAACAGCAUCUAUGAGCAACGCAACAAGCGCUUCCAGGAAGUCUACGGCUUCAACGACUCGUUUAGCAGCAGCGACUCUGUCCACGAGCCCCUCCCACCCCCGGCACUGCCACCCAAACAGAGGCAGCUGAGCGAAAGCGCUAACGAGGAAGGCGGGGAGGGAGAGUACGUUAAUCUGUACACAUCCAGCCAAGCCAACGGAUAUAGGCUCUCCCGCCGAGACUCGUCUGCCAUAGAUGACUCACUGGAGGACACUGCCUCAGAGAACCCACUGUGCAAUAACAAGGACAUGUCCGAUGACCGCCGAAGACAAAAGUCCUCUGAAGAUGGGCAGAGUAGUGAGGAGACGGAUGAGCUUUCCCUCAUCGAUCACAUGGAGAUCAUGUCCCGGUUAACACUAAAGCAGGAGAACGACGACGGUCCAGAUGUCCGAGCCGGAUCGGGGGAUAUUUUAUUAGUCCACGCCACAGAAACGGACCGCAAAGAUCUUGUCUUGUACUGUGAGGCUUUCCUGACGACGUACAGAACGUUCAUAACCCCAGAGGACCUUAUCAAAAAGCUGCACUACAGAUACACCAGGUUUUGUCACUGCCCAGAUACCUUCAAGAAGAAAGUCAGCAAAAACACCUUCUUUGUUCUCGUCCGUGUGGUGGACGAGCUGUGUCUGGUGGAGAUGACGGAGGACAUCCUGAUGCAGCUGAUGGACUUGGUGUUCAGGCUUGUGUGUAACGGUGAGCUGAGCCUGGCCCGCGUGCUCCGCACAAACAUCCUGGACAAGGUGGAGCAGAGGAAGCUGCUGCGCUACACCUACUCCCUCAAACCACUGGCCGCAAGAGGUGUCGCUGCCAGACCUGGGACCCUGCACGACUUCCGAAGUCAUGAGAUCGCCGACCAGCUAACUCUCCUGGAUGCAGAGCUCUUCUACAAAAUUGAGAUCCCUGAGGUGUUGCUUUGGGCUAAGGAGCAGAACGAGGAGAAGAGUGCCAACCUCACACAGUUCACAGAGCACUUUAACAACAUGUCCUACUGGGUACGCUCCAUAAUCAUUCUGCAAGAGAAAGCCCAGGACCGAGAAAAGCUCCUCCUCAAAUUUAUCAAAAUAAUGAAGCACUUACGGAAGCUAAAUAAUUUCAACUCAUAUUUGGCAAUAUUAUCUGCCUUGGAUUCAGCUCCCAUCCGAAGACUGGAGUGGCAGAAAACAACCUCAGAGGGCCUAGAGGAAUACUGCACGUUAAUAGACAGUUCCUCGUCGUUCCGGGUCUACCGAGCGGCACUGGCAGACGUGGAGCCCCCAUGUAUACCAUAUUUGGGUCUUAUCCUCCAGGACUUGACCUUUGUCCAUCUGGGCAACCCUGAUCAAAUCAAAGGGAAGGUCAACUUCUCCAAGCGCUGGCAGCAGUUCAACAUCCUGGACAGCAUGAGGCGCUUCCAGCAGGUGCAUUAUGAUCUGAAACACAAUGACGAUAUUGUCUCCUUCUUCAACGACUUCAGCGACCACCUGGCAGAGGAGGCUCUGUGGGAGCUGUCUUUGAAGAUCAAACCUCGGAACAUUACGCGGCGCAAAACAGAGCGUGAAGAGAAGACAUAGGAACAUGUCCCACUGGGUCUGGGUCAUUUUACAAACUCUUCAUGAUUACAAGAGACUACAAACGAGAACUGUGAAGGCAGCUGAAAGACUGGGAUGUUUUUUUGUUAGUAGUUUACAGGACCUCUCCGACUUAGGAUUCUCUGUUGUGGAUUGCACUGGGUCUCAGUCCGUGCGUGAGCAAAGCCAGUGGGAUAGACACUGUGCAGAGCACAAAGUGUUGGGAGGCUCGCAAAAAGAUUCCUCAUGUUCACCGUUGUCGCCAACCCCAUCCACCCAAUGCCAUAUUAUGGGUAUAGUCCAAGCAUUUCAGGAUCUCACAACCAGAGACGUUGUUCUGACUAAAACCAUAUCAUACUGAUGUGUGCCAUGGGAAACACCACUCAGUGUCAUUCAGUUUAGGCUUCUUUUUUUAAAUACGGGACACCAGCCCUUUUUUUGAUGACACAAACUGGGAUGCCAUAACGCCUGACAUGGCAGAGAACCGCUGUUGGUGGUGCAGAACUUUGAGGCAAAUACCUCAAAUCACCCGGGUCUGCUUCAAGACUACUGGUGGUAAAGAUAUUACUGAUGCACACAAGACUUAAUUUUGUAGUUCAAGGAAGUGUUGUAUGAUACUGUUUGACUGAUGCAAUUCAGUUUUCCUUUUGUUCUUUAAAAGGAUGUGAAAAGGAUACUUCAGAAAUGGGGAGAAGUGAUAUGAAGUUUAUAUACAGUACCAGUCAAAAGUUUGGACACCUACUCAUUCAAGUGUUUUUAUUUGU